AUAUUUGAAAGUGAGGAUAAAGAUGACGAUGGUUCAGCCAAUAACCAUACCCGCCCAUUGCCAUUCCUAGCACGAAACACUUUUUUGGAGCGCGAGACGAAUCCAAUUUCCGAUUCUUCCUAUGGAAGCAUUGGGAGCCCGCGCAUUUUUGAAUUUUCCCCAAAAACAUAAUAACGGAAUUAAAUCACAAUACAUUCAAUCUAAUCUAGCGGAAAGUUCUAUUAUUAUUACCCUAAUUCCCCCCAUUUCCCACAGAAACUCAAAAAGGCGCAGAGUGAAGGCAGGGAAUCGUGGAGAGAGAGAGAGCGUUGGGGGGUUCUGUUCAGAUCAGUGGUCAUUUGCAAAUCGCAAGUGAUUCAUGAGGGUGAAAUCGAAAACCCUAACCAGCACCAACAACAGCCGAAGAACAAGAAGACGAAGAGACAAGAGCAACAAAAUGAAGGCAACAUUGACCACUCACCUGCAGGUUCAGCUAGGGAUUCCUUUGCAGAAGUACCAGCAGCCGUCGUCUGCAGCCGCUUCGUCCACUUCCAAUCCAUCGUCUCGCUUCCAGAAUCUCCUGGACUCCGUCGCCGCGGAUACGCCGCACAUCCAAUCUUCCCCGGAGGUCGACGGUGCUGCCGAUGUUGACGUCGUCGAUGACAAGGAUUUCAUUCUCAGUCAGGAUUUCUUCUGUACUCCCGACUAUAUUACUCCGGAGAACCAAAAUUUGCUCAACAGCUUCGAUGGGAACAAGCAGGAAAAUGCUCAAUGCCCUGAAUCACCAGAGAAACUCAACACCGCUAAAAGCAAAAAGCGCCGGCAGGAUGCAACAGAUGAUAUGUUAGAAAACCAUCUCAGCCCCUCCUUAGAUCAGCUCCUGAUGUUGGAUCUCGGAACUGCUGCAUUUGGGUCACCACAAGAAAUGGUAACUGAGAAAAUGUCUAUAGGAAGUAGCAAGUCUCAAAGCUAUGUACCACAGUCUGCUGUGGCUUUACGAUGCCGGGUGAUGCCACCUCCAUGCAUUCAGAAUCCGUAUCUAGCAGAAGCUUCAGCAAAUGUUGUUGAUCCUUUCAGAAAUCAAAGAGUGAAAUGUGCAGAUAUCUUUUCUUCUAUUGUGGGGGGAGAUGGCCUUUCAAGAUAUCACACUGAUUUUCAUGAGAUUCAGCAAAUUGGCACUGGAAACUUCAGCCGUGUUUUCAAAGUCUUGAAGAGAAUAGACGGUUGCUUGUAUGCGGUGAAACACAGUACCAGGCAGUUGCACCAGGAUGCGCAGAGGCAGAAGGCGCUAAUGGAAGUUCAAGCUUUGGCUGCUUUAGGGUGUCAUGAAAACAUUGUUGGAUAUUACUCUUCUUGGUUUGAAAAUGAACAGCUAUACAUUCAGAUGGAGUUAUGUGAUUGCAGUUUAUCUGUCAAAAAAUUGCAGAAGCGAUUUACAGAACCAGAAGUGUUGACUGUUCUGCAUCAGAUUGCAAAAGCACUGCAGUAUACACAUGACAGAGGAAUAGCUCACCUUGAUGUGAAACCUGAUAAUAUUUAUGUGAAGAAUGGGAUUUACAAGCUGGGAGACUUUGGAUGUGCAAGUCGUCUGGACCAAAGCCUUCCCAUUGAAGAGGGUGAUGCACGAUAUAUGCCCCAAGAGAUACUAAAUGAUAACUACAAUCAUCUAAAUAAAGUUGAUAUAUUCUCCUUGGGGGCUUCUAUCUAUGAGCUUAUUAGAGCAUCUCCUCUGCCUGAAUCUGGAUCCCUAUAUCUCAGGGAGGGAAAGUUACCACUCCUUGCUGGGCACUCGUUGCAGUUUCAGAACUUACUCAAGGCCAUGGUAGAUCCGGAUCCAGUUCGGCGCCCCUCUGCUAGAGAUUUAGUUGAGAAUCCAAUAUUUGGCAAAGGACAAAAAUGCAUGAAAGCAUAGGGUAUCUCAGGGCAUUUUCGCAGGGGGAGACCACAUUUUGUGUAGGCUAAUGCCUGAUGUCCAGCUAUGCUAGCAAGAGGGACACAGUCCAUUGGCAAUGUCCAGAGGAGUGGUCAGUUUAUCAAUUUUGAGCAUCCUCCAAAUUCCCCCCUCAGCCCGAAUGGCGCAGAUUUUGCAGAGACCAAGGGUCUUCCACAACGGUAUGCUGUGUUGUGUGUUUGCUUACUUAGAGGUAAGCAAUUGUAAUGUCAAAAAUGGUAUGGACAUAAUUUUUAUUGAUGUUCUGUAAGCCCAGCGAUUUGUAGAUGCAGAUGGUGCUUCGUGAAAACAUCAGAUGAUUCCCCUUUUGCUCCGAAUUUGUGUGGGAAAUAUAUCAGAUCAUCUUUACCCUUUCUUCAGUUGGAAUGGACGUGAUGAUUGCUGGUAUCAGUAGUUGAGUAAAUUCGAGAAAUAUAAGAUCGUUUUAUGCCCAAAUUCUCACAGGAGAGAUUGCAUGGGCAACAUCAUCUUAGAAAUGCAGUUUGCAUAUUUGCAAGGGGGGCAAGUCCUAGAUGCUCUGCACUAAUAACGAGUAAGCUUUGACUCGAGAAAAAAGAGUGGCAAAUCAAGUUUGGUGUUUAAAUUGGACAUGAAAAAGUUUUCAUGACCAUCUUUAUUGAGCAUGCAUUCUCACUACACUUUCCAAGAUGGGUUUCUCGUAGAAAUGGGUGGGUGCAUACACCAGUGUAGCUCUACUGGACAUCAUUGAGUUCUUGUUAAUGGUGAAUUGGCUGGUACUUCAGGAGCAAGAGGGGCUUAAUAGGAAACUUCUAUAUGAUAUGCCGAUGACAUUGUAUUGUUUUGUGAUGCCUCAAAUGAACAAGAUACUUCUUAUGGGUCAUUUGGAUGGAGGAUUUGGUGUUCAAGGGUCGUUUGCCGUGGAACGAUUUGAUCUGUUGCCUAUCGGAAUUGUGCAUAUCUUAUUUUGAAUAUCUAGAUAAUGUUAUCUCAGUCUAUUUAGUGGAGAAAUGGGUAAAUUGUAGCUUAUGUGAGACAAUUUGCAUCUUGAAAUGGAUGAAAUGGCACAUGGGUAAGUAAUAAGAAGCUUUUGGCCAAAGGCUCUUAUUUUGUGAAACCAUUUCCAUCUUAGAUCAAACAAGUUAAUGAUCAUCAACUCAUUUUGAGGGGUAAUUGCAACUUUCAGGAGAAACUGUAAACUUGAUUCAAGAUGCGACAAACCACACUUAUGAAAAGGCAGAAGACUGCUUAGAAAAUAUUGAAUCCUGCGUGCGACUCUUUUCUAGGUAAUGAUAUGCAUUUUUUUUUUUUUUUGCUUAUCUUGCAGUUACAUUGUUGUUUUUUCUUGAUUGUGUAACAUUUAUUGGGUUUGAAAUGGAGGCAAGAUUGCCUUGUAAUGGGGCUCGUUUGGCUUCUUGCACUUGCUGAAAUGAUGUUGUUUACCCUAUGUUUGGCAACAAGGGAUUAGGAGAGUGCAAGUUCGAGGGAAGUACAAGUUGAGGGAUAAAUAGCGGGGGUGUAAUUUGGUGGGAUAUAAGUGGAGGGAUAAAUUGUUGUUUAGAUGAAAAAAAUAGGAGGUGCAAAUAAAGUGAAAAGUAAGUAAUUAUAUUAUUACAAAAUAAAUUUAUCAAAUAUUAUCACAAAAUAGUACAAAUAAAAAUCAAUAUAUAAUUGGGGUAAGAACUCGCAUGCAUGAAUGCUGCGGAUAUACAUUGAACCCUUAAAACUGCAUCCAUUUUUGUACUAGUUUGAUAUCUCACCCGUUAGUCGGAAUGUCAUUUGAAUAUAAUGUAUUUAUGAUGUACAUCCUAAAAUUUUCAAAAUAUUUGAAAUAUAUAUUUCUACCCAAUAGAAAAAUUUAUUAUUGAAAUCAAAUUAAAAAAUCAAAAUAUCAAACACCAAAAAAUACUUACGGAAGAAUUAGUGGGCUAGUUAACUGUAGUUAGGACUGAUAAAUGCUUAUCCUGUUAACAGUGUAACCGAUAAUCAAACCGGAACCAGUGCUUAAUAGUUACACCGAUAACCGAUUAAAUAGUUAACAGUCGGUUCCCGGUAGCCACAUUUAGCUAAUAACUAACCGACAAACCAAUUAUGACUAUUUUCUUAGUUAGGGUAAAAAAUAAUAUGCCUUGAUGAGCCGCAGACAUAGACAAAAAAUAAUGGAAUAUUUGAAGGCCUACAAUAUUCUUUGCCUACCCUAAUUGUAAUAGUAAUUUAGGUUCAAAUGAGAAUAAUUUAAAGGAAGGGAUUUAGAAGGACCACAGUAAAAUUUUGGACUUGCGCACAAUUGCUCGACAAUUAUCAGUAAUAUUCAACCUUCUAUGUAAUUUGGUGGGGUUAUGAGCUGAGUAAUUGUUAUUGGUCACUUAUUCUUGUCUGUUGCUUUAAUAAAAUUUUCAAGGUAUAAUGGUGUUAUUGUGUACUUGUGUUCAAUUGAGUUGAUUAUGCAUGAAUAUCUAUAAAAAUUAUUUUUUAUUUAAUGAUAAUAACUUAAGCAAAGAACACAUGCAUAUGAAAGAAAAAAUAUAGAAAAUUGCACAAUUGAAAAAAGAAGGUCUUUUGUUGGUUAGAUUAUCGAUCGAUUAUAUUAGUAUAACCUUGCUGAAUCACUUGCUUAACAGUUAUCCGGUUAAUCGAAAAAAUAAUUGAGAACCGACUAUACGGUUACGGUUAGCCGACUAAUAUAAAUGGUGCGGUUAAUAAGCAAAAAGUGUUUAACGGUUAACCGAUAAUCUACUAAACUGUUCCGGUUAUAAGCGAACCGAACUGAUUGUUAGCUCUAGCCGUAGUGGAAAAGUCAUAUAUUUUUAAGAUUUUAGGUUUUCUAUAUUUUAGGUUUAAAAAUAUACAUAAAAUUCAUUUAAUGUAAUUGGUAAUGAAUUAUGUCCUUGUUUAAAGAUACCAUGGUUCAAAUCUUUUUUUUUAUUAUUACCCAGGAACCUCAACCCCACAUGCCACUUUGUGGCAACGUUGUCUACUAAACCUGGGGAGUACCUGCAUCAGCAAUAUUUCAAGGCCUAGAAUCCGAUACUAGGAGGAGACUUCGUCUCCAGCACUCGCGGUGCCUCCAGGAACACCAAGUGGUGUAGCGGGGUUCGAACCUGAAUUGCUAAAAACUGCCACUAAUUCUAUUAUCAAAUAUUUGUAGAUUUCUUCUUCAUAGGAUUUAAACCAUGCCUUGGAACCGAGGAUCACAUCAUUCAACGAGCUUUCAUUUUCACACAUUAUCUUUUUUUUCUCUCGUUUUGCUAUUGAUUUUUUUCCCCUUAUCUUGCUUUUGCCUUGCUUCUUUUUAUUGUUUUGUUUUCUCAAUUUUUUCAUGCUUUUUUUCCCGAUGAAAAGGUGCUAAAAUACAAAAAAAAAAAAAAAAAAAAAAGAAUAAGUGAUAUCUGAACUCCUCAAAAGGGGACUGAUAAAAUAUAAUGUCAACUUGUAACAAAACUCCUUAUGAAAUACAAAAUUUUGAAAUACUGACAUGCAUCAAAGGAUGAGAAGGGGAAUGAAUACAUUGACUCACUUAUAAUCUUGAGCUCUAAUACUAAAUGAUGUGAUCCAAGUCUCGUGAAAGACAAAGAUGGUCGAAAUGCGGAAGGCUCAUCCUAUAGCUGUGUCGAAAUAGCAUAAAUUCGCACCCAUUAGCUAUAAAGAGCUAAGAUACUUGGAUUGAAAGCAACACAAUCUACUUAUGCUAGAUAAAUUAAUAAGCUUUUGAUGCUAUAAUUUUUUGAUAAAAGACUUGAUGAGUCAUAUAGUAGAAGAGAGCUGAAAACACUUUUUUUGUAACCUUUAAAGUGCAUUCUUCUUUUGUAUUUCUUCUUCGCAGGAUUUAAACAAUGCCUUUGCUCCGAGGAUCACAUUACAACAAGUUUACUUUCUCUAAACUCUUACCAACUUAUUUUUCUCUUCUUCUCCAUAAACUUUACAAAACCGAUUCUAAUGUUUCGUAGCUAUUUAAAUAGACAGAAAGAAACACAACCAUAACAUUUGUAUGGGUAUGUAAUAUUUGGAGUAUGAUAUGUUAGUAAAUGGUAUAAGACACAUAGUUGAAUCUAUUCCACAAAUUUGAGUUUUUGGAGCCAAAUAGUUAUUGAUAUUGUAUCACAGUCUUCGAUGACCGAUGUAUAUUGUUUGAAUCCUGACGAUCCCCAUGUUGAGCACAUCGUAUUCAGCCUACUCAACUAAACUUCAAACCCAUAUUAGUGGGCUUUCUUUUGAGUAAGAAAAUAGUAAGUCGUAUAGUAUUUAUAAUUGAACCUCUCUCAACAACUCGAGUUUUUGAAAAACCUGUUGCUUGACAUGAUUUGAGCAUUCAUUGAUCGAGAGUUUUUGUGUUUGAAUCUCGAUUAUCCCAUAUGUAAGCACAUGAUAUUCUGGCCAUGUGAAACUUCAAUCACGUAUGAGGGAAUGAGUUGGUAAAUAAUAUAAUUAAAAUCAACAAUUGAACUUCUCUCAACCUGUUGUUGACAAGGUAGGGUAGAGGAUGAAUCUUGCUUGGGCAUUUAAACUGAAUAUGAAUUGAGUAUGCGGCCGCUGACCCUUAUUAUAGGUUUUUUAAAAUAAUUUUUGACUUUUUUCUAAGAUUGCAAUUAUGUACCCUAUGAUGUCAGAAAAAAAAAAUAAGCAGCAAAAGUGUAAAAAAUCACAUAUGUAGUCAUGUUUCAUAUUGUGAAAAUAUUCUAAAACUAGAUGAAUUGCCAAAACUACCAAGAUAUCACUUUUAAUAUAUUCAAUCAAAUAACCAUUGACAAUUUCAAUUCACUUGAUGCGAAGGCUGGUGAAUCAUCGUUAUAUAAAAUGUUAUCAACUUGUGUAUUGACAAUUGUAGUUGAAAAUCAAAUCUAUUUUCAAAAGCAGAUACAUAAAAAUAUUUAAUGAUUUCCUCUAAUAGUCCCGACUUAUCCAUCUUGAUAAACUCAAAUGUAUUAAUGUAGAAAUCAGUAGAUAAAAUUAAUUUAUAUAAUUUAUUUUAGUUCGAAGAUAGAAGAUUUGACAAUUGACAUUGAAAUUUAAGGUUUAAAUAGCAUUGUUAACAUACUAAUAUUACUAAUUUUGUAUUUUUCUCCAAAUCCAAGAAGUUGCCUUGGAACCCCUUGUAAGCCCUUAGCUCCGCCCUUGAGUGGAGCAUAUAUGGUGAGUUACUAACCUAUGCAUACAUUUUUUCAUAUUAAAAUUUAGCGGACUAU